AUUUGUGCUAAUUUCGUGUUUUUCGCAGCCAAUAUUCGCUUUUUAGCGAUGGCGAAUUAUUGUAUUGAUAAAUAAGAAUAUAAAACAAUUAAUUCAUGCUUUAAUAUAAAUGUAAGAUUGGUUAAAAUGCGCUUAUUUUGAUAGAAAAAUGAACGAUAGCGCAGCUGAAUGCUCAGAAACUCUAGAUCCUCGAGUACAGAUUGAAUUGGAAAGAUUAAAUACAGCUACCGAUGAAAUAAAUCGGCUCGAAGUAGAGCUUGAUGAAGCUCGACUCGCUUUCCGGCGGCUUUUGGCUGAGGGUCACUUACGAAUACAACAACUGACUAAGAAACUAGGCACCAGUGUGCACAAAGCACGGCCUUACUAUGAAGCUAGAUUCAGAGCUAAUAUUACGUCCCAAGAGCUGCACACAGCGAACCUUGCUUACGACAAAGCGAAUAGCGCCCAUUCAGCUGCAAGGGAGAUGGUGUACCUUGCGGAGCAGGGCCUCGCGCGGCUCGCCGACGGCUCUGGCGGGCUCACGUUGGACCCGGCGUGGCAGGAGAUGCUUAACCACGCAACUCAUAGAGUUAAUCAGGCGGAAGCCGACCGCACCGCCGCUGCGGUGACGCAACGCACUAAAGCGGCGUCGCACCGCGCGGCCGCUGCGUUGGUGCAACAACUACAGAAUAGCCUCAAACGACAUAUUACUAAGUCCAGGCCGUAUUUCGAAGAGAAAGCACGGAUCAACGCCGCGUUAGAAGCGCAAAAGGCUCGUAUACAAACACUAGAGGAACAAGUUACUGAUGCCAAGCAGAAAUAUUCGUCUGCGCUGCGAAAUCUCGAGAGAAUAUCUGAUGAAAUACAUAGACAUCGUUCUAGACGACAGUCUACUAGGAAUGACAUAGAUCAAUCAACAAUAACAGACACGGCAAGCGAAUCCAACGCCAGUGAGAAUCUCGAAGAGGUGUGUUCGAAUAACGAUGAAAAUGUAAGGGAAUGGCUGCGGAAAGUGGACAGACCCGACCCGGAUACAUGGACGGAAAUCGACCUCGAUUAUUCUAGCCCGGAAGAGAUAAGUUUCGAAAAGUGUUCCCUCCGACCGCGUUCAAGUCCCGACAAGUCCCCGCCAAGUCCGAUGGAGUCUAAAGUAUCGGCCGCUUCACCUAGACGCAUUAUUCGAGUCAGUGAUCGUACCGCUUGCCUCAGAGCUGAGUUAGAGAGGGGACGGCGACAGAGCUUGGACACACUGCUGCACGAUACGGGCGAGAAAGUGAAGGAGAUGUUCCAGGGAUUAUCGCUCUUUGGUGAGAGGCGUGGCUCGGGCCCGGGCUCCGCCCCGCGCACUCCGCGCAGGGCUUCGCCCCGUUCUCGCCGCUCACCCGCACCCUCUGGAGCGUCUUCCGCGUCUGAUGAAAUAUACUCUGAUACUGAUAGUCUUGCAAGUGUGGAAAUGCUAACAGACGAUCAAAUAGCGUCGCUAAUGCUGGACGCCCAAUUGGAAGCGGUUUGUGAAAAAUUAGCGGGCGUGGCCCGAGCACCUCGUUCGCCGCAUUCACCAGAAUCGCGAUUAUAA